AGCCGGCCUCGUUCUGGCUGCCGCCGCCGCCGCGCUGAGGCGGAGUAGGAUGAGGCCCGCGGCUCCGGCUUCGGCGUCGGCGGGGGCAGCAGCAGCUGAGGCAGCAGCUGAGGCAGCCGUGACGGCCGCGCCCCCACCUCCUGACCUGGAUUAGGCCCAGCAGCUCCGUGGCCGCCGCCGCCCCGCGGGGGGGCGGGGUGGGGAAGUUCUACGUCUCCCCGCCCCCCCCCCCAGAGCCGCCUCGGAGGAGGCAACCGCCGCGACCCCAGCGGGGCCCGCGGCCCAGCCUUGAGUCCCCACCCCCGGGGGCUGGCAUGAGCUGCCCUUCGGCGGCGCCGGGGGGCGGGGGAGCCGCCGCCUGAACCCCAGUCUGCCGUCGACCCCACCUCGCCGAGAGAGGCUGACCGCGGAGCGUGCGAACGACCCCGUCACUGCUUUCUUCCUCCCCCUCAGAUCACACGCCCCAGCCCUGGAAGAUGGGGAACUGCCUCAAAUCCCCCACCUCGGAUGACAUCUCCCUGCUUCACGAGUCUCAGUCCGACCGGGCUAGCUUUGGCGAGGGGACGGAGCCGGAUCAGGAGCCGCCGCCGCCAUAUCAGGAACAAGUUCCAGUUCCAGUUUAUCAUCCAACACCUAGCCAGACUCGGCUAGCAACUCAGCUGACUGAAGAAGAACAAAUUAGGAUAGCUCAAAGAAUAGGCCUUAUACAGCAUCUGCCUAAAGGAGUUUAUGACCCUGGAAGAGAUGGAUCCGAAAAAAAGAUCCGGGAGUGUGUGAUCUGUAUGAUGGACUUUGUUUAUGGGGACCCAAUUCGAUUUCUGCCGUGCAUGCACAUCUAUCACCUGGACUGUAUAGAUGACUGGUUGAUGAGAUCCUUCACGUGCCCCUCCUGCAUGGAGCCAGUUGAUGCAGCACUGCUCUCAUCCUAUGAGACUAAUUGAGCCAGGGUCUCUCGUCUGACUUCAAGUGAACCAUCAUUUUUGGUGGUUUUGAUCUUUCGUCACUGAGCCCAAAGAGCCAGGGAUUAGGAAUUAAGAUCAUGCACAAAAAGUUUCCUAAAAAUUCCUGGAUGGCUGCAGAUGUUGAGGAAAGUAUGUGAUAUUUUAGAAACUUAGGGGGGGAAAGUAGGAUGGU